AUGGAAGACUCCUCACUUAUUAGACGAGAAGAAAGCGGCUUCUUCUGCCCCUCUACAGGCAUCUACAACAGUUCAUGGAGUUCAUCGCUACCUCCAACACCAUCUCUCUCCCUUCCUGAAUUCCUCCUCUCCCACUUGGCUACAUCCUCCCCAUCGAAGCCCGCAUUCAUCGAUGCGGCGACCGGCGCCGGCCUCACCUACGCCGACCUCCGGGCUCUCGCCGCCGCCGCCGCCAGUGCCCUCGCGGCCCUCGGCGUUUGCGGCGGCGACGUCGUCCUCGUCGUCUCUCCCAACUCCCUCCACUUCCCCGCCCUCGCCCUCGCCGUCAUGUCCCUCGGCGCCAUCCUCUCCACCGCCAACUUCCUUCUCACCCGCCCCGAGAUCCAAUCCCAGGUUCAAGAUUCCAACCCCGCUCUCAUCAUAACCACCGCCGAUCUCGCCCCCAAGCUCGACGGCCUCAUCCCCCGCCCUCUGACCCUGAUCGAGCAGUUCCUCGCAUCGCUCUCUAUCGAUCAGACCGCCCCCGUCGAGUUCCCCGGCGUGAGCCCGGCCGAUCCGGCGGCGCUGAUGUACUCGUCGGGGACGACGGGGAAGAGCAAGGGGGUGGUGAUCUCGCACGGGAAUCUGGUGGCGAUGGCGAACGUUCUGCGGCACGUGUGGGGGAGGGAGGAGGUGCACGCGUGCGUGGUGCCCCUGUUCCACAUGUUCGGGUUCUCGGUGUUUGUGUGCGGGGCGGUGGCGGCGGGGGCGACGGUGGUGGUGCUCCAUCGGUACGCGCUGGAGGAGCUGCUGAUGGCGGUGGAGGAGCACCGGGUGACGCUGCUGCCGGCGGCGCCGCCGAUGGUGGUGCAGCUGGCGAGGUCGUGCGGCGUGGCGAGGGGUUACGAUCUGCGCUCGCUCAAGGAGGUGAUCUGCUCCGGGGCGCCGCUCGGAAGGGACCACAUGGAGCGCUUCGCCGACGCCUACCCCGGCAUUGCCCUCUCUCAGUGCUACGGCUUGACUGAAACAAGUGGUCCGAUAACAGUUUGUCAUGGGCUCAAAGAUAGAUUCCAAAUUUCCAUUGGAAGGUUGAUCCCCACCGUGGAGGCCAAGAUAGUUGACGUAAGUACGAGGAAAGCUCUUCCACCAAACGAACACGGCGAAUUAUUGGUUAGGGGCCCUCCUGUUAUGCAAGGUUAUCUGAAGAACCAGGAAGCCACAUCUCUGGCCAUUGAUGAAGAAGGAUGGCUCCACACUGGGGAUUUGUGCUACAUUGACAGGGAGGGGCUCGUCUACGUCGUUGAUAGGAUCAAAGAGCUCAUAAAAUACAAAGCUUACCAGGUAGCCCCAGCCGAGCUUGAAGAGGUUCUUUCCACCCAUCCAGAGAUCCUCGAUGUUGCCGUGACGCAGUACCCAGAUGAGGUGGCAGGAGAGAUUCCAAUGGCAUGUAUAGUGAGAAAGGCAGGGAGCAAAAUCAAAGGAGGAGAUAUAAUUUCUUUCAUGGAGAACAAGGUUGCCCCUUACAAGAAGAUCAGGAAAGUAUUGUUUGUGGAAUCCAUCCCAAGAUCACCCUCAGGAAAGAUCCUCCGGCGGCAUCUAAAGGCUAGAGUCAUGCAGCAUCAGAAACCAGGAAUUUCUGCAAGGCUAUAGAAAAAGUCUUCUUCAGUAUCUUUAUUCAUUGAAUUGUUACAUGGAAAAUUUAUAGCUGAUAGAGUUUUAAGUGGAUGUUACAUCGUGGCUCUACAACUGGUUCAUUUGAUGUUAUGUUGGUUAGCUCCCCAGGGAGAUAAUUUCCUGGGACAUUUUUUUUUUAUUAUUCUGAGAGAGAGAAAUGAAAGGAUAAAAAAAAAAAUCCAUAUUCAUUGUUUAUAGCUUCCAAGAGGUGGUUUAUUUGA